GUUGCAUUGUCUCUAUAGUCUUUCCCUUGCACUAUUGUGGGAAGAAGUCCAGUUAUUUAGAGAGGUACCAUCUUGUUUGGUAAUCUUUAGAUUAUAUAUCAUUUAGAACUGUCUAAGCGAUAUCAAACAUCAUGGCAUUGAGAAGCCCAGCUAGAGAUUACUUGGUCUCUAUGAUCGGUGAACUAGUUGGAACUUUUCUAUUCCUCUUCUUCGCAUUUGCUGCAGCACAAACGGCGAACCAGCCUAACGGAACUAAGCCUCUUACACCCAACGCGACUGAUACAUCAAAACUUCUAUAUAUUGCCCUCGCAUUUGGUGCAAGUCUUGCAGCAAACGUCUGGGUUUUCUUUCGUGUCAGUGGCGGACAGUUUAACCCAGCCGUCACUCUCGCACUCGUGCUUAUUAGGGCAGUGUCUCCCACGAAAGCAUUGAUACUUAUACCUGCUCAACUCGUUGGUGGAAGUUUGGCUGCUGCGGCAGUCAAAGGCAUUAUACCGGGUGAUGACAUACUUUUCGCAGUAUCACUUGGACCAGGUGUUGCAAAUGUCCAAGGCUUAUUCAUAGAACUCCUCUUAACCUUUAUGCUCGUAUUCACAAUACUGAUGCUUGUCGCCGAAAAGACAAAAUCCACAUUUGUCGCACCUAUCGGUAUUGGAUUUUCGCUCUUCAUUGGCCACCUCGUCGGUAUUUUUUGGACAGGAGCAGGAAUAAACCCUGCCCGAGCGUUUUCACCAGCUCUUAUUCAAGCUUCAUUCCCAAGUUAUCACUGGAUUUACUGGCUUGGCCCUGCUUUAGGAUCUUUCCUUGCCGCAGGAUUAUACUUAGGGCUGAAAGAGAUGAAGUAUGAAUUAGUUGGUGGGGAUGCGGAUAAAGAAAAACGGGAGGAAGGCUUAACUGUGCAGCAAGCAGACCUUAUCAUUGAAACUCUUCGCGGAUUACCUAGAGCGAUACAAGGAUCUGGAGCUUUAGGGCAAUUUGAAGGUACUACUGAAGGUCAUAGGUCUCCCGUGGAUUUGGAGAGAGGGGCCGAGGUCAGGAUCUUGGAGGAUGAUCCGCACAUUCGGAAAAGUCGAUAUGGAUCUCCUGAUUCUACGGAUUUACCAACCUGAAUCUAGGCAUCUUCUUCCACGAAAUAAUAUAUGUAACUCGUUUUGAACGGAACAAGACAUUUUUGAUCAACAAUUUCCAGAGCAGAAGAGAUGGAUCUGGCAAGUGAGUGAACGAUCGAUUGCAGGAGAGCAGGGGCAACAUGAGAAUAGGUAUAGAGUACAACAGACGAAUUUUCGGUGAUGAUGAUAACAUUUCAUUCAAGAUUUUUAUUUCAUGUGGGCAGAUGGGACCAAUCAAUUGGACAAUAGGCGUUUGUCGGGGAGUUGAUUUCCACAAGCACAAAAUCAAAGUCGCCGGAUGUAUCUAAACGACAGACUGCAUUCAAGUAGACACUUCGAAUGAUUCUCGACACUACGCUCAUUUUAAUUAUAAUGUUUUAACUUCCA